AUGUCAGUGGAGCCCGCAUCGAAAAAGGUACGCGCGGUAUCCAAAUCCCCCUUUUGCACUGUUUCAUUUACUAGAAAGGAUUUAGAGGGCAUACAACACCCACAUACUGAUGCACUGAUUAUAACUGUGGGAAUUGGGAAACGAUUUGAUGUAAAACGAGUCUUGGUAGAUCAAGGUAGUGUAGCAGAUAUAUUGUAUUAUGAUUUGUUCAGAAAGCUUGGUCUCUCCGAGCAGUACCUCACCCCAGCGGCAGCCCUGUUGGUCGGUUUCAAUUCACAACCAGAAUGGCCGCUUGGCAGAAUAGUGUUGCCAAUCGUGGCAAGAACAAAAACCCUCCAGAUAGAGUUCUUGGUAAUUAAUACACCAUCCCCUUACAACGCCAUACUUGGCCAUCCGUGGAUUCAUCAAAUGGAGGCAGUCCCUUCAACCUACCACCAGCUCAUCCAUUUCCCAGCGGAACACAAAGUAGAGCAGAUCUCAGGGACUCAUGUUGCGUCUAAACAUUGCUUCAUGGCAGUAUUAAAGGCAAAGCAGCUCUGCAAUCGGGUACAGACGGUAAAAGUGGCCGAACAGCCAGUCUUGGAAGAUGUAGGGGGAGCUCCAGAGGAAAAAAUAGUAGAGGAUUUGGAGAAAGUCCUGGUAAAAGAGGAUGACCCAGAAAAGUACUGCCUUAUCGGUACCUCGCUAGGCGUUGAUGAGAAACUUCAGCUGCUGGAACUGCUGAAGGAAAAUAUGGAGGUAUUCACAUGGUCAGCAUAUGAUACUCCAGGGUUAGACCCAGAAUUUGCAUGCCACAAGCUCAACAUCAACCCUUCAGCUCGGCCCAUUGUGCAAAAAAAUCAGAGAUCCUCAGUCGAGCACACCGAAGCAUUAAUUGCCGAAGUCGAAAAACUCCUGGCUUCAGGAGCAAUCAGGGAAGUUCAGUACCCGCAAUGGCUGUCCAACACAGUUGUAGUCAAGAAGAAGAACGAAAAAUGGAGAGUUUGCGUUGAAUUCACUUGCUUGAACAAAGGCUGUCCUAAAGAUAGCUUUCCUCUGCCUCGCAUUGAUCAACUAGUAGACUCAACAGUAGGGCAUGAGCACAUGAGCUUUCUGGACGCUUAUAGCGGUUAUCAUCAGAUACCACUGUUCGGUUCGGAUCAAGAAAAGACAGCAUUUAUCACUCCGAGAGGAACUUACUACUACAAAGUGAUGUCGUUCGGCCUCAAGAACACCGGGGCGACCUACCAGCGGAUGGUCACUCGAAUGUUCAAGGACCAACUGGGAAAAACCAUGGAAGGUUAA